CACAAAGACAACAUCAGUCUUUCGUCAACCUACACAACAACAACAACAACUCAAUUCCUCUCAAAAGAACAACCACUUCUAUCAAAAUGGGUGACUGCGGCUGCUCCGGCGCUUCUUCCUGCAACUGCGGCUCUGGCUGUAAGUUUUUUUACUUCCUCCCCCGUCGCUUGUCCGAUCCCAUCUUCAACUCCUGGCAUGGCACUAACCUUGGAAACUUUCAAGGCUCUUGCUCCAACUGCGGCAGCAAGUAAAUUUACCUCUUCGCACUGCUCAAUGCAACCACGUACCCG